GAAAAGGGCUUAAGAAUGAGGCAUUCCGUAAUGCUGCUAUAACUGCUUCAACCAUAUGGAAAAGAAAAAAACUAUUUGAUCUAUCUUAUGUUCAUGGGCUUGAUACCUCUAUGUUAUGGUGGAGAUCUAUAAAAAGCAAACCACACCAUCUUUCUGAACUUGCGCAAAAACUCUUUAGCAUUACACCAUCUCAG